GAAAUACAUAAAAUACAUUACAAUAUAAGAGUUUUUACAAUCACUGUCACUGUCGUUAAUUUUGUUAUCUGUUAAAUCUUGUUAGAAAUUAUCAAUUUAUUAUUUUGAUAAUCCUCGCGCGUAUUAGAUAAGGGUCAUUUGGUAUUACUGAUCCAUUUAGAAACACAUGAUUGAUAGAAAACCGUGCUGAAAAUGAGUGAAUACGGAAAAUUCGGACCACUCGUCGGCGCCAUUGACGAGGGCACCUCUAGCGCAAGAUUUAUCAUUUUCAAAGCUAACUCUUUGGAAGUCGUCGCGUUGCAUCAAAAGUCUUUAGAUCAGCAUUUUCCUCAGGAAGGGUGGGUUGAACAAGAUCCUAUGGCCAUUCUUGAAGUUGUGACAACAUGCGUAGAAAAAGCAGUCGAGAAACUAGAAGCAAUGGGCGGAAGGGCUAAGGAUAUAAUAGCAGUGGGAGUGACAAAUCAGCGAGAGACUACGAUAGUAUGGGAUCGUAAUACAGGAAAACCACUGUACAAUGCUAUAGUGUGGCUUGACAUGAGAACAACGGCCACUAUAGACAAACUCCUGGAUACUGUGCCUAACAAGACUAGGAAUCAGAACUAUCUUAAGCCGCUGUGUGGUUUACCACUGUCCCCAUACUUCAGUGCUGUGAAGCUAAGGUGGCUCAUUGAUAAUGUGGACUCAGUUAAGCAGGCUAUGAAGAAUGGCACAUGCUGCUUUGGUACUGUGGACACUUGGAUUAUUUGGAAUUUAACUGGCGGACCCAAUGGAGGAAAGCAUGUAACUGACGUGUCAAAUGCCUCGAGAACAAUGCUCAUGAACAUCGAAAACUUGAAAUGGGAUCCGUUACUGUUGAAGUUUUUCGAAAUCACAAGUCCUGUCCUGCCAGAAAUUAAAUCCAGUUCAGAGGUAUAUGGUUACAUAUCUGACGGGUCACUCAAGGAUAUUCCAAUAUCGGGCUGCCUAGGCGAUCAGCAAGCCGCCUUAGUAGGUCAAAUGUGCCUACAGAGGGGUCAGGCUAAAGCUACAUAUGGCACAGGCUGUUUUGUGCUUUACAACACUGGAGAUAUUCGAGUCAAUUCCAGUAGAGGUUUGCUGACUACUGUUGCUUUUCAGUUGGGUAGCAAAAACCCGCCCGUUUAUGCACUAGAAGGUUCGGUUGCUAUAGCCGGCGCUGCGUUGGGAUGGUUGAAAGAUAAUAUAGGAUUGUUGGAAAGUGCCAAGGACUCGCAAGAACUUGCGGAGAACGCAACUGAAAACGGUAGUGUUGUAUUUGUGCCUGCCUUUAGCGGGUUGUAUGCGCCCUAUUGGAGGCAGGAUGCUAGAGGGGUGAUAUGUGGCAUUACUGAGGACACAAAUUCAUCACACAUAAUCAAAGCAGCUCUAGAAGCAGUCUGUUACCAAGUCAGAGACAUUUUGGACGCCAUGAACGAGGACUGUGGUAUACCUCUACAGUUAAUGAAGGUCGACGGCGGUAUGACGUCAAAUUCACUGCUCAUGCAAAUGCAGGCUGAUUUAAUUGGCAUCGACGUUAUCAGAGCAGGCUUCACUGAGAGCACCGCCUUGGGCGCAGCGCAAGUCGCCUAUUGGGGUGUCAACGCUUCUAAACCUGUCACUUGUAUACCUAUGACCGAUGGUACCAUUUAUGUUCCACGUAUCACAGAUGACGAACGCGAUAUGAGGUAUAAACAAUGGAAAAUGGCAGUUGAGAGGUCUUUAGGAUGGGACCAAAAUUAGUAUUUAAUUGGAAAUGAAAUU